AUGUCACUCACGAUACCCAUGGUCGCGCCGAUCUACCCGGCAGGCAAGGAGCCAUUACCUCCAGGUAUUACAGAGGAAGAACGCGAGCAGUUCCUCCAAGCCAAAAAAUACCAGGACUACAUGACGAUGGGUAUGGAGUCGUGCGUAGCAAAGACGAUCAUUGCGGGGGGUGGAGGUUUCGCCAUCGGAGCGGUGUUCUCUCUCAUGAGCUCGUCGUUCGCGUACGAGGACCCGAUGGCUCGAGCAAGUCUGAGCACGACGCAGAAGGCGUCGGAAAUUUUCAAGGAAAUGGGUCGGGGCAUGUGGCGCAGCGGGAAAGGUUUUGGCAAAGUCGGUGCGCUGUUUGCCGGGCUGGAAUGCGUACUAGAAUCGUAUCGGGCGAAGAACGACAUGGUCAAUCCUGUAGCCGCAGGCUUUCUGGCUGGCGGUGUUCUCGCGCGAAAUGCGGGACCGAAGGCAGUUCUCGGUGGUGGCGUGGCGUUUGCGGCAUUUUCAGCCGUAAUAGACUUGUUCCUGAGACGAGAACCGGCAGAUGACGACUGA